GAGGCGACUCACUACAGCCUUAUCUAUCAGCCCCGCUCAAGACGGCGCUCGCGAAAUGGAGCGGAUAGUAUCGCCGCAGGACAUUCGCGUUUCUUUACGACCGUCUUCAGGUAGUUCGAGACGAAAGAAAGUCUUCUCGCGUGGCAGCUUUCCGUCCACCGCCUGGACGGAGUGAACAUCCGGAGCGGAGUCGCCUUUUCAGAAACGAGCAGCAGCUACAGAGUCGGCAGGAGAGCGAGCAUGUUCAAAUGUACACAGUAUGGAUUUUAAGAAGACCAAGUAUGGAAGAUUCAUGAACAACCGUGUCCCAUCAAGCAAAAGAUAUCAGCCAACUGAGUAUGAGCAUGCAGCUAACUGUGCCACUCAUGGACUCUGGAUCAUCCCCAGUAUCCUGGGCAGCUCACUGUUAUACUUCCUGUCUGAUGACCAGUGGGAGAGCAUCACAGCGUGGCUGUAUGGCACUGGACUGUCUGGUUUGUUCAUCAUGUCCACGAUGUUCCAUACUGUGAGCUGGAAGAAGAGUCAUCUGCAGAGAGUUGAACAGCGCUUCCACAUGUGCGACCGGAUGGUAAUUUAUUUCUUCAUAGCUGCCUCUUACGCCCCCUGGUUGAACCUGAGGGAGCUGGGCCCCUGGGCGGCCCACAUGCGCUGGCUGGUGUGGAUCAUGGCCUGUGUGGGCUCUGCUUAUGUCUUCUUUUUCCAUGAAAAGAACAAGAUCCUGGACCUGCUUUGCUACACUGUCAUGGGAGCCAUCCCUGCACUUGUGCUUCUGUCAAUGUGCUCCUUACAAAUCUUUAUCUGUUCUGCACACCUGAACCAGACUAGCUAAGGUGAGACUAGUACUAUUGUCAGACUUAAACUAUGAGCUAAUGUUAAGCUUAUCAGAACCUAACACAUUAACAUAAACAUGGCAGAGCAUGUCCUAAUCCUCCACAGUAGAGCCACUUAGCAGUUUGGUAAUGCUAUCCUUUCAGCCCAUGUUUCAAACAUGACUAAAUAUCUAACAGACUUCAGCUAUGUUUCAAAAUAAUCUCAUCAGUUAAGGAUAUCCGCUCAUACGAUUCUACCACAGGCAUUUACAACUAAGGGAAACAGCAGAUGCACUUAACCAAGUUGUAACAUUUAACUACCUGGCAUUAUUGAACUACCCCAUUCCUGAGAAUCAGACAUUACAGCCAUCAUUAACAAUGAGGCUUCCAACUCUUUUGAAGGCAAAUUAUAAAACUUCACAGACUUUUAGAAAGAGCAAAACCAAUUGCCACUUCUUUGGCAGUAAUUACAUCUACAUGAGCUGAACCAAUAACCACCAUGACAUGCGAAGACAUGCAGUCAUAAAACCAUUGAAGGCACCCGCAGGUUACAUAGAACCCAAUACAGCAGCCUUAACACAUGGCUGAAGUUAUUAACUAGCUUAUGAUUCACAGUAGUUUUUACCUACCAUCUAUCGUCCUGCUCAUGUAUAAUUGGCUAUAAAUACGGUCCCACAGAAGCGAUCACUGUUUUAAUUGUUCAUCCUCUGUGAAAACUUCAGACAACCAAGCUGCUUUCUGGAUUAGCAUUAAAAGAUUACAUGCCACCUUGGGGAUGACAGUCCCACCCACAGAGUGGACUGAGUUUUCCCUAAACUCAGUUUACUCUUUGCCUUUAACUUCUUCUUGCAUGUGCAAGGACCCAUUUUACCACAGUAGUGGCAUGCAUCAUCAUGUGUUCCCCCACUUUGCUUACUCCCUGAACCAUGGGACACAUUCUUUAACACAGUAGCUGUGUGCAGCUGGGCCACCUCAGCUUGUGAAGUCUCACCAUCAGCUAUUUGAGAGCACACUGCGAAGACAUCUAAUGGAUGUAAAGAUUACAGCUUUGUCUUACGUGUCAUUAGCAUCAGAAAAGGACCCAAACCCAUCACUUUAGGAUGGCUGAAUUCUUUUCUUUUACAGUGCGAUGAAUUUGUUCAGGGGGAAGGGGCUUGUGUUUCCCCGUUACUUUAUCCAUCUUUUAACUUUACAUGUUUUAUCACUACAGGAGCAGCUUCCACUACAGAGAGGUCAAAAGUGUCAUCCUCACUGUCACUGGAAGACAUUGUAGAUUGCCCUGUCUUAUCUUUAAAUUUAUCCUAAGAUGGAUGCAACUGGUAUUUUGCUCUUUCAUCUUUUUCUAGAACCUCAACUUUUGCAUCAAGGAGAACAAGCAAGCACUGUGUAUUUUCACAGGGUCUCUGUGCAUUGACGGCUGCACGUUUGUGAUCAGCACAUUCUUCUUUUAAUUUGGUCAAUUUUGGAAAGUUGUGCUCCCAUAAGCAAAGCAUGUCACUGUCUAAAAAACUUGAACACACCCCUCAAAAUCUUUUCUUUUUUUACACAUUUAGCAAGAACUGUGAAACACUGCUCCUGACUCUGGAAUGUCAAACUUUUUACAGAGCUUAGUCUUUCUUUUUAGACAAAAUUUGUCUAGCAUCUUUGUUGAAUCUACCUCAAAUGCACUUCUACCUGCAUAUUGGGGAGAUGUGGAUUUUGCAGUAUUAGGAGUGGAACCAGCCGCACCUCUGGAAAACCAAAUUCAGCUUCCUUCCUGCAUUUUAAGAGCUAAUAUUUUAAACGUACACAAUACAAACAAAAACAACACAAAACAAACUCUUCCUCGAGUCAGGAUGCCACCUUGAACUGAUCAGGAACUUAGGAACUAGGACACACCUAAUUCAAAGCAAACGCUUUUGCUUGUGUAAAGACCAGAAAAUAUUUCUAUAUUUCUGCGCCUUUCCUAGAUAAAGGAAGAGGAAAAACUAUAACAAGAACAUAAUCUCUAAAACUGUCCCUCAGUAAGAAACACUUUUCUACUGGAUUUACAGCCGACAAACAUUAAUAAGUCCUGCAAUCUCUCCAUACACAUCAUAUGGAGGAAAUUAAGACAGACAACACUCCUUCUCUGGCUGUGUGUGCUGUGUUUUGAGUUUUCUUUCACUCACCGUUAGUGUAUAAGGUGAAGGUUCAGUGUCUUUACAGCACAGGAUCAGCCACCAGCAGACCAUCACCAGAUUUUCGUCCAACUGCAACAGAUGUUUACAGCAUCGGACGUCUAAAAAAGCUGGAAGACCUCGCAGAGCUCAGAUCCUGCAGACUACGCCAAACAAUCUGUUGACUUCUGCUGGCAAGCGUGGGUUUCUUGAUGAAACAGGAGUGGAGACUUUGUCGAGGAAAAAGAAGUUUAAUAAACGCGUAAAAUAAUAUUUAACAGUAUGAAUGUUCAGUAGCU